AUGCUUCCCAAAACCCCAGUGAGCCAUGGUCUCACUGCGCUCUUUCUGGCAGCAACAACCUCAGCGAAGAUUCUCUACGCUGGUGUGAACUCUGCUGGUGGCGAGUUCGCGCAACAGAACCUGCCGGGUGCUUUUGGCACUGACUAUCGGUUCAUCAACCAAAGUGCCAUUGACUUCUUCAUUGAUGCUGGGGUCAAUACCAUUCGUCUACCAUUCCUCCUCGAGCGCAUGUGCCCUCUCGACACUGGCUUGGGAAGCACUUUCAACGAAAGCUACUUCUCGGAAUUCCAGACUGCGGUGAACUAUGUCACGAUGCGUGGCGGCUACGCGGUCAUAGAUCCACACAAUUACUACCGCUAUAACGACCCCAGCUCCCAGCCAUCCUCAGGCUCCAUCAUCGGUAACACCACCGAUGCCAACGCGUCCACCACAGCAGACUUUGCCGCCUUCUGGGGCGAGCUUGCAAAGCGCUUUGCCACAAAUCCAAACGUCAUUCUGGGUCUCAUGAACGAACCCCAUGACAUGCCGACCGAGCUAAUUCUUUCCAACAACCAAGCAUCGAUCGAUUCUAUCCGGCAGGCUGGCGCCAAACAGCUCAUCCUCGUUCCGGGAAAUGGCUUCACCGGCGCGCAGAGAUGGCUCAAUUCCACCUGCUCCGGCUGCAAACCCAACGCCGACGUCCUGACCGCCAUCACCGACCCCGCCAGCAACUUCGCCUUCGAUAUGCAUCUCUACUUCGACAACGACACAUCGGGUACGCACAAUGAAUGCACGCUCGCAGCGCCCGGCAAUCUCGCUGCGACUACGACAUGGCUGCAGGAAAACAACUACACUGCGUUUCUCUCUGAGUUCGGAGCUGGAGCGAAUAGCGUGUGUUUCAAAACGCUAAAUAAUACGCUGAUGUGGUUGGAAGAUCAUCCGCAGUUCAUCGGCUGGACGUACUGGGCUGCGGGACCGCUUUGGGGUUCUGGAACCGCAUGUUAA